AUGGCUAAGAAGCGGAUAGCUGUGAUAGGAGCUGGAAUCAGUGGCCUGGGAGCCAUCAAGUGCUGCUUGGAUGAAGAUUUGGAGCCAACCUGCUUUGAAAGAGGCGAUGACAUCGGAGGCCUGUGGAAAUUUCAAAAAAAUCCUUCAGAGAAAAUGCCCAGUAUCUACAAGUCUGUGACCAUCAACACUUCAAAGGAGAUGAUGUGCUUCAGUGACUUCCCCGUCCCUGACCACUUUCCCAACUACAUGCAUAACUGCAAACUCAUGGACUACUUCAGGAUGUACACCAAGCACUUCAGCCUUCUGGAUUACAUUCGAUUUAAGACCAAAGUGAGAAGUGUGAGAAAGCGUCCUGACUUCAGUGCGAGUGGACGAUGGGAUGUGGUCGUGGAGAAGGACGGCAAACAGGAGAGCCUGGUGUUUGAUGGGGUUCUGGUCUGCAGUGGCCAUCACACAGACCCCCACCUGCCACUCAAGUCCUUCCCAGGCAUUGAGAAGUUUGAAGGCUGUUAUUUCCAUAGUCGGGAAUACAAAAGUCCCGAGGACUAUGCUGGAAAGAGGAUCGUAGUGGUUGGCAUUGGGAAUUCUGGUGUGGAUAUUGCCGUGGAGCUUGGUCGUGUAGCAAAACAGGUAUUCCUCAGUACUAGACGAGGUUCAUGGAUUUUACACCGCGUGUGGAACAACGGGUAUCCCAUGGAUAGUGCAUUUUUCACCCGGUUCCACACCUUUCUCCAGAAAAUAUUAACCACGGCCGCAGUAAAUAAAUACCUAGAGAAGACGCUGAACUCAAGAUUCAACCACGCACACUAUGGUCUGCAGCCACAGCACAGGUGA